AGAUGCUCGAGAGAGAUUCCUAAAUGUGCAGCAUGCCGACCUUGGCCUGGCGAAUGCGUCUACCACAGGCAAAAUCCAAUCGCCCAAUCCGACAAGAAAUGUUCCGUCACAUCACUUCAAUACUCCAAAGGUGUCGACCAGCGUCUAUCUCGUGUUGAAAAAGCCCUAGAAACUCUCUCCGAAACAAUCAAUACCUCUCUCAAUAAGAAUGCGGAUUCCGAACCCCCUUCAAUCACGACAAAAUCACAUGAGGCGGCGCCGUCACAUCAGCCGCCAGCCGAAGCAUUCGAAAGCCCCGAGCUCACCUUGGAUGAUUCACAUUCAUUCGCCUACUUGGGUGAAGCACUAACAUUAUCAGACUUUCUCCAAAAUGUGCAGCUUGCUGAAGUCUUAUUCAUCACACCAUCCGAAGAAACUCUCUUGAAUGCCAUAUUCAAUCCCGCUAUAUUAUCUCAGCGCGCUUGGAUCGUCUACAUCAACUUCAUUCUCCUCAGUCUUCUACAACACGAUGCCUCGCAAGCAGAUAUUGUCGAAAAUCUCAAGAAAAACACAAACUUGGCACUAAACGACUUUAGGAUUUUCCUAGAGCCCAGCGAGACAAACAUACAAGCGCUUAUGUUGUUAGGGUGCCACGGCGAACAAUAUGCUUCACCCAAUCUGUCAUGGAUGCUCGUAGGCCAUGCCUGUCGCCAAGCUCAAGCAGUCGGAUUACACAGCCUCAAAGGCGGUAGCUAUGAACAGCGGCAGCGUCGAUUGACACUAUUCUGGUCGCUCUUUUCCGUGGAUAAAUCCUGUUCAUUGGCAUUCGGUCGACCCAUGUUGCUUCCAACCGCCAUCUACGAAAAUGUGCCACUACCUGAUUUCCAGUAUCUCUUAAAGUACCAUCCACAUCGAAAAGAGCCCAUACAAACAGAGGAUGGACUUAUUACUUCAUCAUUUGGCGCCCAUUACUUUAUCCACGAAAUGCAAUUAGCAAGAAUGACCGGGGCUGCGCUGGAUUUUCUAGCAAACCCUACAAAGUCGGUCGUCCAUCAUAAUUUGAUCGCUCAGCUGCAGUCGUGGGAUUCGGUAACCAACGAGCUACUAUUGAAAGCCAUCGACACAGAAUCGGCCAGCUCAACAGCCAACCAACUCCAAGAAAUGAUGAUUGGCAUCCGCGCCAUGCGAUUCCAGUAUUUUCACAUCAUAAUACUACUACUACGCAAAGACGAAAAUAACAAAGAGCUCCGUACACAGGCUGCUCGAGAUGCCAUUGAGCUGCUUCCUGGCCUGGUAUCAAACUCAACCCAUGUGUACAACGGGCUAGUGUGGUGUUUAUUAUACUACCCAUUCACGCCAUUCUUUACAAUCUUCGGUCACAUCAUAAAGCAUCCCUCGUCACCAACCGUGAAUCAAGACCUUGAAUUGCUAAAUCGAACCGCCACUUAUUUCAACAGUAUGAAACGGCUCAGAUCCCUUCCCGAAGCUUCGUCUAAAUUAGAGAGGACUGCUCUCGUCUUCUAUAAUUUAGCUCGCUUCAUCACAUCAAGAGAACAUGCGGGUUCAAGUGUCCAAAGCAUCGAGUCAACUAUAGCAACCACAAGCUCAGAAGACACUCCUGUCCAAGAAAUGGAUAUCCUGUCAAGGGAGGUUGACUUUGAGUCGUAUACUGACGCCUUCAUGGCCUAUGUCAGUGAUCAGGAUAGUACUGCGCAGCCGGGGUUUGACAAUAUUGAUAUCGAAAACAUAUUGGGGUGUUUAGAGUCUGAUGACGCUCCACAUCGUACACGUAAGCGAUCAUUUGAAAGCACACUGGAUUGGUUCUCUUGGGAUUCUCAUUACUAUCAAGACUAA